GUCCGCGCCAUGGCAUUGCCAUCGUCAGCGUGUAGGACAUGUGAUGCUUCUUAUUCCGAGAGUUCCCAACUUCCGGCCCUGUGUUUCAGCCUCUGGGGCUCCCCUCGUUGAGCACCUACUACUAAUAUUAGUAACAUUUCUCGCCUAUGGCCGCCUGGAAGUUUUCCGCCCAGCAGCACGACCCUCUAGUAUCGUUUCCACUACUCUCGAACUUUCUCGUCGAAGCGCCUGCCACCAACGCGACGUCAAUGGGCUCCGUCAGCGCCGGCAGUAGUUCUCCGGCGAAGGAGGACCUCGCUUCGCGACAUUCUGCGAAGAACUCGCCGAGAUGUUUCGCCAACGCUGCUCUGAAAGCCGGCGAAAACAACAGCGGGCUCGACAGUUCCCAGCGGUCUUUCGUACAGUCCCAAAUCGCAGCGCGUUCGUUCCUAAAGCGAAAGAACACCGAUCUUAUAUACGGCUCGCCAGCUCCACUAGUAGUAGGAGCACGAGGAACCGAAGAUCCUGCUUUCAGUCCGGCGGGUGUUAUCCCGAACGCCGUCGAUCUUCCAGCGCGCUCCAGCUCCUUCCGCGCCAGUUGCGGCGAUGAAAGCGGCGGUAUGCGACAUGGCUCGGCAAUCGGCGGUGGGUUUGGAAGCGCGUCGUUGAGCAUCAUGUCGCCGUCUCUGAAAUUCACGAUUCCGUCGCUGAACGACGAAUUGAAGACGGUGACGGGCGAGCUGAACGCGAUUCUGCACUCCAUGCCGGAGCAACGGGACGGCUCGAUCCUAGGAAACGCCUGCUUUACAGGCCUGCGAAAUACCGAGGGAGUCGCGAGCUGUUUUGACAGAGGAAAUAGCGAAUUGGUAACCAAGUCGCGACAGUCGCAGCAGCAGCUGCAGGAGCAGCAGCUUCAGAAGAAUCAGCUGCUUGGCGACGUGGCGAAAGGAUAUUGCCUGUCUGGUAACCCGUUCGCGGAUGCGGCGAACCCUAUGGCUCAGCUGCGAGAGACCGACAAAAGUCGCCCUUUGGUCGUCCGAACGCCCGUGAAGCCUUAUAGCGAGGAUGAGAUGAGGAAUCGCGGCGCGGACAUGAGCAAGAGGAGGAAAUGGGGCCCAUCGGACGGCGGAGUCGCUUGGGGCCCAUCGACUCCGAUUGGUUGGUCCAAUCUUUCCUCCGACAAAUGUAUACAACCUCAGGGGGGCUUAGCGAGGCACAUUAUAUCGGAGGCGGGUCCCGUGUGGCAAGCAACCCUGCGAAAGGAGCAGCCAAAACCCGUUAUUCAGUCGAGCGGGCUUGCUGUGGCUGCACUUCCUCUGCACGUGCCUUGUAACGAGGAUAGGAUGCCAGAAGCACUAAUGUUGCAAGAGCAGGGGGGGGAGAGGGAUGGAGUCUUAAGCCAGGAGCAAAUACAGCAGGUGCUGCUGGCCGCACUGCUGGAUGACACUCCCAUGCUGCCAUCGGGUGAAGUGAGCGCUGCUCCAUUGGGGUUGUGCCAUGGCCCCAACACUCCUGCUGCCCGUCCGUAUGGUGCCGUCUCUCCUCCUGCUGCCCGUCCUUACGGUGCCACCUCUUCCACCGCUGCCAAGGCUGCUGCUUGUGUUCGUGCCGCUCCUGUUGCUGUUGCAACCAUGCGUGUUCGUGCCGCUCCUGUUGCUGUUGCAACCGUGGGUGUUGCUGCUGCGACCACAGGGACUGAAGGGGACCCGGCCACACCAGGGAGUGGGGGGGGGAGAUUGCUGCUUGAGGCGCCUCAGCAAGCAGCAUCCAAGUCUUGGAGUGACGCGGGCGACAUGGGUGCUUUGGGAAGUCUUGGGAGGAAGUCGCUGCACCCCCGGGCGACCAGAGACAGAGAAAGGAGGAGGAAAAUGGCCGAUUCGCUGCAUGCACUCAAGGCCGUCCUGCCGGCCACCAUCCUGGGGGGGCAGCAGGACUUCGGCUCUGUUUUAAACGCAGCAGCGCUGUACAUAAGAAGCAUGGAGGCACGCUUGCUUGAUCUGGAAGCCAACCGCAGCAAGUGGACCUGACCUGAGCACUGGUGGUCAUCUUCUGCUUGUAAAUAGCACUGCUGCAUGGCUGCGCAUUGUAAUUUGUAAUGCUUUAGGUUGAUUUAAUAUGUAACAUAUGAAGUCAUAUGAAGGUUGAAGGCACUGCAGCCCUGCUCCUACUCUGAGUGAGCUGUGGACUACCCUAGCUCUGUUAUGCUGAGCCCUAAAAUGUUCCUAGA